GCGGGGCUAGCGCUGGAGCACAUCUCCCGGCCGCGGGCCGCCGAAGCCGUGCAGACGCGGAUCGUAGCGGGUGGCUGCUGCUGUGAGGCGGUGGUGGAAGGUGUGAGGAGGCUGUGCGCCCUGCAGAGUUUCGUGAGUGCUCACAGCUCAUCCCUGUGGCUGUGUGUCCGCGGCCACAGCUGAUUGGCGUCGCCUUGAAAUCCCAGGCCGUGAGGAGUGAGCGAGCCCUGCUCACGCUCGGCGCUGUUGUUUUCGGUGGGUGCGCCCUGCACCUGCCUCUUUCCCCCAUUCUCAUUAAUAAAGGUAUCCAUGGAGAACACUGAAAACUCAGUGGAUUCAAAAUCCAUUAAAAGUUUAGAACCAAAAAUCAUACAUGGAAGCAAAUCAGUGGACUCUGGAAUAUCCCUGGACAACAGUUACAAAAUGGAUUAUCCUGAGAUGGGUUUAUGUAUAAUAAUUAAUAAUAAGAAUUUUCAUAAAAGCACUGGAAUGGCAUCUCGGUCUGGUACAGAUGUUGAUGCAGCAAACCUCAGGGAAACAUUCAUAAACUUGAAAUAUGAAGUCAGGAAUAAAAACGAUCUUACACGUGAAGAAAUUGUGGAAUUGAUGCGUAAUGUUUCUAAAGAAGAUCACAGCAAAAGGAGCAGUUUUGUUUGUGUGCUUCUGAGCCAUGGUGAAGAAGGAAUAAUUUUUGGAACAAAUGGACCUCUUGACCUGAAAAAAAUUACAAGCUUUUUCAGAGGGGAUUGUUGUAGAAGUCUAACUGGAAAACCCAAACUUUUCAUUAUUCAGGCCUGCCGUGGUACAGAACUGGACUGUGGUAUUGAGACAGACAGUGGUGUUGAGGAUGACAUGGCGUGUCAUAAAAUCCCAGUGGAGGCCGACUUCUUGUAUGCAUACUCCACAGCACCUGGUUAUUAUUCUUGGCGAAAUUCAAAGGAUGGCUCCUGGUUCAUCCAGUCGCUUUGUGCCAUGCUGAAACAGUACGCCGACAAGCUUGAAUUUAUGCACAUUCUUACCCGGGUUAACCGGAAGGUAGCAACAGAAUUUGAGUCCUUUUCCCUUGAUGCUACUUUUCAUGCAAAGAAACAGAUUCCAUGUAUUGUUUCCAUGCUCACAAAAGAACUGUAUUUUUAUCACUAAAGAAAUGGUUGGUUGGUGGUUUUUUUUCAGCUUGUAUGCCAAGCGAGAAGACGAUAUAUUUGGUACUUAUUUCCCUCUCAUUUUGACCUAGUCUCAUGCCGCAGAGGGUACUUUAAGUCAUACUCCUUCCAUCAGGUGGAACCACUGUGAAGCUACCUCAAACUUACAGCCAGGUAGUUGCAAUUGAAUUAAAUUAGGAAUAAAUAAAAAUGGAUACUGGUGCAGUCAUUAUGAGAGGCAGUGAUUGUUAAUUUACAGCUUUCAUGAUUAGCAAGUUGCAGUGAUGCUGUGCUAUGAAUUUUCAAGUAAUCGUGAAAAAGUUAAACAUUGAAGUAAUGAAUUUUUAUGAUAUUCCCCCCACUUAAGACUGUGUAUUCUAGUUUUGUCAAACUAUAGAAAUGAUGAUGUGGAAGAACUUAGGCAUCUAUGGGCAUGGUCAAAGGCUCAAACCUUUUGUUUAGCAUUGAUAUACAAAGGUGACCUAACUGCAUUUUUAGACCAUUUAUCUGGGAUUAUGGUUUUGCGAUGUCUGUCCUGAAUACUUUUGUUGUAAAAAAUAAUAAUAAUAAUAAUGUUUAAUAUUAAGAAAGAAACUAAGUAUUUUAUGUGAGAGGAAGCGUGAACAAACUUGACUCUUUUAAGACUAAAACAUAACAUUCCUAGAGGGUGGAGUUUUAACUGUAAGGUGCUACAGUGCAGCUGAUCUACCAGCAAAAAUACCUUCUGAUUUGUUCCUAUGCAGAUCAGGUGAGCUUCACAUACCAGCAGUCUAUCUGAAGAGCUGUUAUAUAAAAAGCCCAAACUGUUGAUUAUUAGCCAGGUAAUGUGAGUAAAUUCUAUAGGGACAUAUGAAAAUACAACUUAAAUAAUAAAAAAUGGAAUAUAAGGAAAGCAAUAAAUGGAUAGGCUGAGCUGCCUCUAACUUGCGAGCAGAUGGUUUGAUCUUGAGCAGAGACAGGACUCGGCCUGUUCCGUGAAGGCAGAGCCAUGGAGCAUGGUUUCAGGAAGGGCCUGCAGCCCGCUUCUCCAUACACACUGGUGUGUGUGGACGAUGCCGUCAGGGCACCAUUGCCAAGUAAGAAAGUGAAGCAAAUCAGAAACUUGUGAAGUGGAAAUGUUCUAAAUGUGGUGAGUUACAAUAAAAAAAAUCAUAGUACUCUUUGUAGCACAAUUCUUAAGCAUGUUAUUUUCUGUUGAAGUUUACAAUCAAAGGAAAAUAGUAUGUUUUAUACUGUUUACUGAAAGAAAAAGACCACAUAGGACUCUAAACGGUAUCCAGCCGCAGGCCAGAGCUGAGCACCCAGCCUGGGAGGCAAGCUUCAGGCCUCACAGGUGCUGAGCCGUCACUCACCAAGUCUCACUGGCUUCCAGUCUGACAUUUCACGGGAGAUUUCUUGUUGCUCAAAAAAUGAACUUGCAUUUGUCAAUGACUGUUUUUUUUUCUUACUAGAUCUGUAACUUUUCUAAAUCCACAUAGCAUGUAAUGGUAUCUUAUUAAAGUGUGUUCCUGUGUGACAAUUUUGUACAAAUUUGUUAUUUUCCAUUUUCAAAAUACACAUUCAAACUUAAAAUUA